AUGUAAUUAUCUCCUUAAACAAAAACCACAUUUCAAUCCUUAUUCAUUGAAAAAACUAAAGAUCAAAUUAAUAAUAUUCUUCAAUAUAAACUAUCCCAUGCAAAUUAAGCAAGAUAAAGGUUUAUAAAAAAUCAGAUUGAUAGGCCAAAUACUUCUAUGAUUUAACAUACAAAUGAAAUAGAUUUCUCACAGAACCAAUAUGAAAAGUAUAGAAAGAUUUCGAUGAAUGAUUCUUAGCUUACAGUUGUAACAAUAAGAAAACCAUAAAAAAUUAUGCAUACAAUAGAACUUAGCCCAUAAAUUACACCUAUUACUUCAUUUAAUUCCUAAAGAAAAUACAAAUAACCAUAAAUUUGUGAAAAAUCUGCUAAUCCUACAUCUUAAAUAAAUAGUCCUGAAAAUGAGAAAUAAUUUUAUUUCAAGUAAAAAUAAUAUAGAAAUAAAUUAUAAUUAAAGAACAGUUAGAGUAAUAAUAUCAAAUUAAGAUAAUAUGCUAAAGAACAGCAUUCAAAUAGUAAAGGAGUUUAAGAAUAUAUUAAAUAUUAAGAUGACAUGGAUGAAUAUUUUAAAGGCAAGUUAUUUUAAUAGUAAAAAGAAUUAAUUGAUAAAAUUGAAAACUUUAAGAUGUCUACUUAAAAGCUUGAUUAAUAAUUGGGACCAAUAGGACGCUUAUUAGAAUUGAGACUUCAAAAAACCAAAAAAAAAUAACAAUAAUGA